AUGGAGUGUGGAAUCUGCAGAAUGAGAGAAGCCGUCGUAAAUACUCAAGAGCUGUUAGAUCUGCUGGUAAAGUGCGAGAACAAGAUCCAGACUCGUAUCAAGAUUGGAUUGAACUCCAAAAUGCCUGCAAGAUUCCCUCCAGUCGUGUUCUAUACACCUAAGGAGAUUGGUGGAUUGGGUAUGCUUUCUAUGGGACACGUUCUUAUUCCGCAAAGUGAUCUGCGAUGGAUGCAGCAGACAGAUGCUGGUGGCAUCACCCACUUCCGUUCUGGAAUGACCCACGACGAAGAUCAGCUGAUUCCGAAUCUGUACAGAUACAUCCAGCCUUGGGAAGCUGAGUUCAUCGAUUCGCAACGUGUAUGGGCUGAGUAUGCACUAAAAAGACAAGAAGCGAAUGCCCAGAAUCGUCGCCUUACCCUAGAGGAUCUUGAUGAUUCUUGGGAUAGAGGAAUCCCGCGUAUCAACACCCUAUUCCAAAAGGAUCGCCACACUUUGGCCUACGAUAAGGGAUGGCGUGUGAGGACUGAAUUCAAGGCCUACCAAAUCCUGAAG